ACAAGAUCCAAAAGGAGAAGUAACCAUCAUGUAGCCAUGAAAUUUAUUAACAACACAAAUAACAAAUUUGUUCACAAGGAUAACACAUCGGAGGAGGUAAAAUAUUCAUUCACAUAUGGUGUGUGGCUGCUCUGAAUGUUCUGUGAAAGGUAAAUUAAACUCUUUUAUUGUUUUUUUUAAAUAUUGAUAUGACAACUGAGCAAAGAGUGUGACAACACAGGCUUCACUGACCAAGAAGACACUAAACUGUUGCACAAUCAGGGAUUUUGCAUUUGGCACUUUAAUAUCAGUGCAUCCUUGUGUCUCUGGAUUUGAUGUGUAAUUCUUGCUCACUUGGACAUGAAAAUUGUUCUGGAGCAUCAAAUGAUGAAUAAGUCAAUCUACAACACAUCCAGUGGAAAACCUACCAUUCCACCAAAACCAAACCUUAAUGCUUCACACCAGUCAAGCCACUUUGGAUCCUCUAGCAGAGUGGCUCAUGCUUUGCGUAACUUUGAACAAGGAAUGGGCAAGCAAACGGCAGUAAACUACAACAGCAAAGAAAGAAGAUACUCUGAAAAUAUGAGCCAAGAUGGAAGGUCUGUGGUAGUCGGAGCUAGAUUGUCAUGUCCACCCAGGACAAAAGACAAAGUAGAGGAUAUAUCUUCAUUUUCAAGACUUACGAAAGGUGGACGGAUGCUGGGAGAAAGAAAUCUUCAACUGGCAGUAGAUGACGUGGAUGUGGGUCGAUCAGCUCCUGAUGGCAGUGAGGUGAAUAAUGUGAGUGGCAUCAAAGAGAAUAAUCAGGGCUCAACUGCACCACCUACCCACUCAGAGGAGAAACACUGUCAUUGCCUCUGCCAUCUUCAAAGGCCUGGUAUGAAACUAGUCUGGGUAACUCUACAUGAGGAGAAAAAUGACAUGGAUACUGUGAUUGAAAAGAAUCACAAACAUCAAAACAAAGGAAGUCAGAGAAAUAAGGAUGUUUUACACCCAACCAGCAAUGAAGUCAGUUGUCCACAGAACAGUCCAUCUCCUAAUUCAAAACCCCAAGUGUUGCCUCCAUGUAUAAAUUGCCAAAGCUUUCUACUUCACCACAGCCCUAACAAAUUAGCGGGGAAUGGAUUUGCAUAUGCUGAUGAGCCAGUUCAAAACCAAUCAAAACCCCCUUUACCACCAAGGACUUAUCAGUCUUCUGGGUAUAAAAAUACUCAACGGUAUGCACAGCUGGAGCACACCGAUACUCAUAUAUAUUUGGAUGUUUUGCCAUCAAAUGACAAUAAAGUUACCCCUCCACCUGUCCCUCCUCGACCUCCCCCACGACUUCCUCUACAUCCUCCGUCCCACCGAAAGACAAAGAAACGGACUUCCCAGCCAGCGCUGGCAUGUGUAGUCUCUCUUCGAGGCGGCGGUCCACCAAUCAGAAACACCAGCAGCAGUGAGAAUGGAAAAUUGUCUCGACGCAUAUCUAUACCAAACCCAUUAGGUGAGAGCUAUGAAAAUGGUGAUUUUGACGACUGGGAGUCUAUUGACAAGGAAGCGCUGUGUGACAAAACAGGAAGCCCACUGAGAAUCUCCAGUGACUGGGAGCCAAACAGUGACUAUGAACCUCUAUAUCAGAUCUACCAGGCAAAGGUCUCUAAAGAAGCUGUUCAAAUCCAGUCUGAUAGUCCUGAUUGCAACAGGAUUAGUGUUAGUGAAACCCUAGGCCUUGAGGGUCCCCGGGGGCUGGGGGUGGUUGGCACCCGAUCCAAGAGAGGCCUUGAAGAGAAUACACUCUGGCAGGAUUUAACAGUGGUGAAGGAAAGUGGAGUGUUACAUAAACUCAGUCGCACUGAAAAACAGAGACAAGAGAGCAUGUUUGAGGUGCUCACCUCUGAGGCCUCCUACCUACGCUCCCUGCGUGUUCUGAAGGAUCAUUUCCUGGGGUCACGGGAACUCAGUGAGACUCUUGUCAUUCAUGAUAGGAAGGCCCUCUUCUCCAAUCUCUUGCAGGUCUAUGAAGUUAUUUGGAGGUGGGAUCCAUCAUACAGUUAG